AUGCUUCCCCCGUUCGACUACUUCGAGUAUCGUAGUGCUCGCAACUUCAAGCGCAACCAAAGAUCCCAACGCUUUGCUUCUCUACCAUCCGUCUACCAUGCUCCGUUCUCAGCGUUCGACCAGUCGGUGAUCGAUAAGCCGAUCGAAGAGCUCGUCCAAGAUGUCCACAAAGGUGCCCUCGCUCCCGUUGACGUGCUGCGUACCUACGGGAAGAUCGCCAUCAAGGCACAGGAACGAUGCAAUUGCAUAACGGAAUUGUUGAUUCCACAGGCUGAGGAAUGGGCAAAGUCGGGUAUCAAUAUCCAGGGACCCUUGGCUGGUAUCCCCGUCUCGUUGAAGGAUUCCAUUCAGGUUGGUGGUUUCGAUACCUCGGUAGGAUACACGAGAUAUACUCGCCAGCCGGCCGCAAAGGACGGUGCCCUUGUUAGACUGUUGAAGGACGCAGGUGCUAUUCCAUAUGCUAAAACUGCUCUACCGAUUACAUUGCUCUCCUUCGAGUCGACUAAUGACCUCUGGGGUGUUUGCCGUAACCCCCACUCCCCAGACUACACCCCCGGAGGCUCCUCUGGAGGUGAAGCUUCCCUCUUGGCCAUGGGUGGCCGUAUCGGUGUUGGUUCUGAUGUUGCUGGUUCCGUCCGUCUUCCAGCUGCAUGGAGUGGCUGUUACUCCAUCCGCUGCAGUACGGGACGAUGGCCAAAGGCUGGUGUCAGCACCAGUAUGGCCGGACAAGAAGGCGUUCCCAGUGUUUUCAGCCCUAUGGCAAGAACACUCAACGAUCUGACCUACUUUGCUCGUUCUAUCAUCGGAAUGGAGCCAUGGAAGUAUGACACCACCGUCCACCCCAUUAGCUGGAGAAGCAAGGAGGAAGAAGAGGCCAAGACGAAGAAGCUCCGAAUUGGUGUUAUGAGGUCUGACGGCGUCGUUCCCCCAACUCCUGCAAUUGCCCGUGGCCUGAACACAGCCAUUGCCGCUUUGACGGCUGCUGGACACACUUUAGUCGAAGUUAAGGAGCCACCAACUGCUACCUCGCUAAUGGGUCUCAACCUUGCUUCUCUUCUACUCAAUGCUGAUGGUUGUGAGACCUUCAACUCCCACCUACAAACCGGUGAAUCCUCUGAUCCUGGUGCGGUUCACCUAACCACCUUCUCCUGGUUCUCCUGGCCAUUCCGCUACGCCUACUACCUAUUCGUCCGCUACAUCAAGCGUGAUGCAACCUGGGCCUACCUCCUCCGUGAUUUUGGCCUCAAGACCGCCACCGAACAAUGGAAACUUGUCGCCCAACGUGAAACAUUCCGCGCCACAUGGCACGACUGGUGGAACGCCAAGGAACAAAACUUCGACUUCAUUCUCUGCCCUGUUAACGCCACUCCUGCUCUACCACACGGUGCUAUGACUGAUGCUAUCAGCUCUUGCGGUUACACUUUCUUCUGGAACAUGCUCGACUACUCUGCUGGUGUUAUUCCAGUGGGCCACGUGGAUUCUAAGAAGGAUGCUCUUGUCGGCCCUGAUGGAAAGAAGGGUAAGAAUGUGUAUAAGCGUGUCUUGAAGAACUUGGGUGUCGACAGUGCUGUUUCUCGAGGUGCUUGGAAAUACUACGAUGCUGAUGCUAUGCACGGCCUACCCACUGCUAUCCAGGUUGUUGGACGAAGAUGGCAUGAGGAGAAGGUCAUCGGAUGCAUGCAUGCCGUCGAGAAGGCAUUGGAAGAGUACAAGGGCCCUGGCGGAGAGGGUGGAAAGUACCAGCUUAUGCAGAUUGACUAA